ACCACGUCUACGUUUCGGACAUUAUCGGCUAGUUCGUUGUAGAGUGAACGUCUUCGUCGACCGGACUUUCAUUGUCCCGGCAUAAAAAUGCGGUCCUUCUGCGCGUUCGUGCUUCUGCUGGCGGCUACAAUCGCCACCGCAGAAAUCUACUUCGAGGAGAAGUUCCUCGAUGAUUCCUGGGAGAAGAACUGGGUGUACUCUGAACAUCCUGGAAAAGAGUUUGGAAAGUUUGUUUUGAGUCAUGGAAAAUUCUGGAAUGAUCCUGAAAAUGACAAAGGUAUCCAGACUUCCCAAGAUGCUAGAUUUUAUGCAUUAAGCAGGAAGUUCAAGCCCUUCAGUAAUAAAGAUAAACCGCUUGUUAUCCAAUUCAGUGUUAAACAUGAACAGAACAUUGACUGUGGUGGUGGAUAUGUCAAGGUAUUUGACUGUUCACUGGAUCAGACAGAUAUGCAUGGAGAAAGUCCCUAUGAAAUUAUGUUUGGACCUGAUAUUUGUGGGCCUGGAACCAAGAAAGUUCAUGUGAUCUUUAGCUACAAGGGCAAAAAUCUUUUAAUCAACAAAGAUAUUCGAUGCAAAGACGACAUUUAUACUCACUUGUAUACUUUAAUUGUUAAACCUGAUAACACGUACAAGGUUCUUAUCGACAACGAAGAGGUAGAAUCCGGUGAAUUGGAGGCAGACUGGGAUUUCCUGCCACCGAAGAAAAUUAAGGAUCCAUCUCAAAGCAAACCCGAUGACUGGGAUGAUAAACCCACGAUUCCCGAUCCAGACGACACAAAACCAGAGGAUUGGGAUAAACCUGAACACAUCCCUGAUCCUGAAGCUAGUAAACCUGAAGAUUGGGAUGACGAGAUGGACGGAGAAUGGGAGGCUCCGAUGAUCGAUAAUCCUGAAUACAAAGGUGAAUGGAAACCGAAACAAAUCGAUAAUCCUAACUACAAAGGACCCUGGAUUCAUCCAGAAAUUGAUAAUCCUGAAUACACACCUGACCCAGAAUUGUACAAAAGGGAUGAAAUUUGUGCCAUUGGUUUCGAUCUCUGGCAAGUGAAGUCUGGAACUAUUUUCGACAAUGUACUCAUCACGGACGACCCUGAGGUCGCCCGCAAGUUUGGCGAAGAUGUUUGGAAACCCACUUUUGAAGGUGAGAAGAAAAUGAAAGAAGCUCAAAACGAAGAAGAAAGAAAACAAAGAGAAAAGGAGAGUAAAGAGAACGAGGAUAAUAAAGAUGACGAGGAAGAGGAGGAGGGGGAUGAAGAGGACAAUACUGUCCAAGACGCCGAUGGGCAUGAUGAAUUGUAAAUAAUGUGUCGUGACUGACACGAACACAGACUGUAUUCCAGGAGCUGUGUGGCCGCGACACGCACUAUUUUCCAUAAAACGCAAAAAAAGUCAUAAAAAAGAAAAUGGUUCCUUUCGAUCAAACAAAUCUACGGGGAAAAAUUCUCAAAUCUUGGAAAGUUUGAAACAGUGAGUCGCAAAGUAACAUUUUAAAAUUGAAAUAUGGCCUCGUGUUUAAAGCCUAAACAUUUUAUCCUAGUCUUCGAUCGUUUGUUCAUUUGGGUUUUACAAAAAAUCAUCGGUGAAAGGUGUUAAGAACAUCGAGUGUUCAACAAAAUCAAAGUGCUCAUUGUGCUACCCAGAAGUACGCUACAAUCUCAAAAGAAAUAUAUAUAAUAGCACAUACAUAGUAUAUAUGUAUUAUAUAAAUAGUCAUCUUGCCCCGUGUCUCCCCCAUGACACAGCUCCAUAAAAAGACUAAGUUGUUCCGUUUUUGUUUGUCAAGUGUUUUUAUAUACAAUUGAAAGAUAAUUAAAAUGUAAUUUAACGAUACAUUAUAUGUAUAUAUAUUUAUACAUAUAUACAUAUAUAUACAUAUAUAUUUCAAUUUCCGUACAGUGUACGCGCAUAUUAAAAGAAACCCGCUGCAGUUAAAAGAUUAAGAGUGAUUGGAUGUGUGCAGACGUGAUUGAAUGAAUAUAAAUAUAAAUAUGAAUAAUUGGUAUGAUUAUGUAUCAAAUGCAACCAGUAACCAAUGUAAUAAAAUAAAUAAGACUUUUCUAGAUGUGCUAAGGCUGAUUA